UGUAUUGACAUGCGUGAUUGCUAGUAUGUUGUAAUAGCCCUAUGGAUAGGGCGUCUGCAUAUCAAGCAUGUAAUCCCGGGUUCGAGUCUCUCUCGGUCCGGUUUCUCCUCUCUUUCUCUCUCUUCUGUCAUUCCUCUCUUACUGAAUAUUGUAAACAGCCAUAUGGCUCGUAAUCUGAAUAUGUAAUACACAAUACACAUUUGUAGUUCGUGCGCAAGCGAACAGUGGAGCCACUGCGGCCCACACCCCUUAAAAUGAAAUAAAAUGUAAACACGCUUCUCAGCUGGUUGGUUAUAGUCAAUCUGAGGUUUUGAAAGUUACUUUUGUUUAUUUUUCUUCUGUGAAAUUUCAAUUGAAUUUGUGUUUACAAAUUGAAUCUACACCUAUAGUUGAUUUUUUUAUUAUUGGUCUCUUUGACUGGUGUUUUAUUACCAUUAUAUUUAUUACUAUUAAAGUGAAUCGUCUUUAACUAUGGCCCAGGAAAAAGAAUCCUCACCAAGAGAUUUUGGUGUCAUUACCUCGAUUUUGAAAGAGAUGGGAAUCAACGAAUAUGAGCCAAAAGUUGUCAACCAAUUGUUGGAAUUUACCUAUCGAUAUGUUACUACUGUUCUAGAGGAUGCUCGUAUAUAUUCACAGUAUGCGGAUAAGAAGACGAUCACUGUCGAUGAUGUUAAAAUGGCUAUACAAUCGCAAUCGGAGAAGAUGUUAACACUGCCACCUCCUCAAGAUUUUCUCAUGGAAAUAGCCCGAACUCGGAAUAAUCAACCUUUACCCCCAAUUAGAUCAAUUGUUGGUCCCUGUCUCCCACCUGACCGUUAUAGUUUGAUCUCCUGUAAUUAUCAUUCUAAAAAGAGGAAAUUCUGAAGGAAAAAUGACCAAUUACCAUUCAAUUGGUGAUGAGAUAUUUAUAAAUGACAAUUAUAAUAGAUGGACAGAAUUAAAUGUACCAGUCUUCUCUUGAUAUUUACAUUAAAUUCAUAAUGUUUUUCGUAAA